UAUGAGUUUAAUGACAGUGACCGUGAAUGCGCUCUUCUCAACCUGCAGAUAUUUUGCCAGGAAGGUAUUAUACCAUGGGAUGCUCUUGUUUACAUCACUGGACAGAUCACAUAUGGUGGUCGUGUCACAGAUUACCAGGAUCAAAGAUGUUUGGGAACCAUUCUGAAAAUCUUCUUCAGUCCAAAUACACUGGCAUCAGAUUACAAAUAUUCUGUCUCUGGCACAUACUAUGCCCCAGAAUCCACUACACUUGAGGAAUAUAGACAAUAUAUAGAUGGCCUACCUCUUAUUGAUCAGCCAGAGAUAUUUGGCAUGCACGAGAAUGCUAACAUUGCUUUCCAGACACAAGAGACACAGAACCUUGUCAAUACCAUUGUUGAUGUACAACCUCGAAUGUCUAGUGGAGGAACUGGUAAAUCUAAUGACGAGAUAGUGUAUGAACUAGCAGAGACAAUUCUUGGUAAACUUAUGGACAAACUAGAUAUAGAGUUAGCCAACAGUGAGAUGUUUGAACCUGACGAGAAAGGUCGUCUUAAUUCACUCACCACCGUGCUCACACAGGAGGUGGAAAGAUUCAAUAAACUGCUCAAAGUUAUCAAGAACUCUCUGGAGAACCUACAGAAGGCCAUUAAGGGUUAUGUGGUGAUGAGCGAACAAUUAGACGCUGUAUACAACAGUUUCAUCAACAGCCACGUCCCGACAAUGUGGGCUAACGCAGCGUACCCAUCCCUGAAACCACUCGGAAGCUGGGUACAAGAUCUUGUGUACCGUUGUGCUUUUAUUGAUAAUUGGAUUCAGCACGGAAUUCCAAAGUCUUUCUGGUUGUCUGGAUUUUUCUUCCCACAAGGAUUCUUAACUGGCACCCUACAGAAUUAUGCUAGAAAGUAUAAUCUGCCCAUAGAUCAUCUAAGCUUCAAGUAUCAUGUAUAUCCAGUGAUUCGUGACCAGAAAGAAGUGUACAAACAAAUGACAGACCUCAAAUUUGGAGAAGAAAUGGAAAUGGAUAAAGAGUUGAAUGUGCCCGAAGAUGGUGUACUUGUCCAUGGUUUAUUUAUGGAUGCCAGUGCAUGGGACAUGGAGACAAUGAAGAUAAUUGAUGCUUUACCGGGAGAGAUGAGUGCAGAGCUUCCAAUGUUGCAUAUGGAACCGGAUAUGGAUAUUGAACCUGAUUCAGCCGACUAUAUGGCACCGUUAUACAAAACAUCUGCUCGUGCUGGUACAUUAUCUACGACAGGUCACUCCACAAAUUACGUCGUAGCUGUUUAUCUACCGUCAGAUCUACCACAGGACUAUUGGAUAGCAAAGGGAGCGGCUUUACUCUGUCAACUCAAUGAAUAAACAAAAAUGGACUGAAUUUUAUCACAUUUUAAGAAUAGCACUUGCAAAAAAAAAUAAACAUUUAUUUUAUUAUUCCAAUGGCAACCAGUUAAGAGUUUAGCUAAGUUUACCGUUAAUAAAUAAAUAUUUUAAGAUCAGCUUAAUUUACUGAUAAAAUAGAACAAUUGUUAAAAACAACUUGGUGCUGUGAAGAAUAAUGUCUGAAAAUUGAAAUGAACUAUAUUUUAUGGUGUUAUGUGCAACAGGUUUACAUGAAAAUUGAAACAAACUAUAUAAUAUGUAUGCAGAUUGGUAUUAUAUGAAUAUUUCUGUACAUUAUGAUUUAUUUAUACAUGUUAUAUUUUAUAAUUUUUUAUUUUACCUGAAUGUGAAUAAUUCAUUGACAGAUAUUUGUCAAGUGUGAAAAGUGUGCCUAAUUGAAAGUUACCCAAAGAAUUAAAAAGAAAUGUUGGUUGAAAUAUGUGUGCUGAUUUAAGCAACAGAUGAGAAAAUUGGAAAAUGAUGCUAUUCUCUUUACUAGAAAGAAUAUAAUUGAAGCAAGGAACAUCUUCUUGACUAAAGAUUCACUUUUUACGUUGUGAUUUUUAAAAAAAAUAACUUUUGUACAUAUUGUAUGUUUGGAGAAAAGUCCCUGAAUAUUUUUCAUGCUUUGUUCAAUUUUAUUGAAGACAAUGUUGAUGAAUUUUGCUGUGAUAUUUUCAUCUAUAUAUUAUUCCAUGAAGAAGAAUGUGACCAUUAUUAAAAUUUAUAAUGAGUAGUCAUAAUGUGAAGUGUCAUUUAUGAUAUAUUAUCAUGAAGUAUUAUAGUUUAGUGUAAACAUCCCGUGUGAUAAAUUUAAAUGAAGUGAAAAAUAUAUGUUAGUGUCUGUGAUAACGUAUUAAUUAAAGUAUGUUUUGAAAAUACUUAUGUUUAUAUUCUGGAAAGAUUUACUAUUUAAAAAACAUGAACAUACAUACUUAUUGUUGUGUUUUACAUUGUUGCUGUUUUUUUAAAGUAAUUACUGAAUUUACAUUCCACUAUUUUGAUGUUACUCUUUGAAAAUAUCAGUAUUCAAUAUGUCAAAAUUUUAGCUGAUACAAUAAUUUUUUCCAAGACUGCUACCUAAAUAUAUGGUGUACUGCUGAUUUUUCAGGGGAGAGGGGUGUUGGGUGUCUAUAAACAAAGGCAUUUAUUUGAACUUAAUAAUAAAGCUCUAGAGCAAUUAAUUUCUGGAUAUGACACGUAGCUUAAUAUUUGAAGUUCUGUUUCACAGUUGCAAUUUCCAGUGUGGCUGCAUAAACAUCCUUUAUUAGUUUUCUCAUGGUAUGCACAUGUUGAAAUAAGCACUGUACUAUUCAGAUACAAAUAUAUAAAUAAAUUUACACAAAAGUUGUUACUAUUUGAUAUGCUGAAAAUUUCAUAAUCAAGCUCUUCCCUGAAAUCUCGGACUUAAAAUGAUAUAUUAAGUCCAAAUGAAAUAGAGGUAAAAGAUAUGUAAAUGGUGAGAUAACUUAAUCUAUUUUAGAACCUGUCAAAGGGGAAACAAAUAUCUACAGGUCCUCUGUUUCAAGAUGUGAUUUUCAAGAACUUAUAAAAAAAUAAAUUUUUGAUGUCUCAAUUUUUUGUAAUUUAUAUAAUGAAUAUUAAAGUCAAAUGCUGUUCGAUUGUUAUUUUAGGUAUUGUCGUUUUGAAAUACCAAAACUUUAUUCCAUUCCGUCCAACUACAUUUUGUGAUAAUAUUUAUUUAUAAUGAUCUGGAGAUAUUUAAUAUAUAUAUUUCCUAUCUACAAGUAUAACAAGUAGAAUUUUAUUCCAUGAUAAACAUGCAAUUAUAAUCUGUUUAAUAUUUGUUUUUUAUGUAAAACUAUUUUCACAUUUUGUGAUGAAUAAAAAGAUGUCUUCAAAUG